CUAUUAAAAUCAUUAAGUACCAUUAAACAUAUAUUAUUGUGUCAAAAUAAAUUCAACAAAUAUGGAAGAAAUUUCAAGCACUGCGUAUAAUAAUGACGGCUUUGUUAAGAUCAUAAAUAAGGAAUACAUUUCAAAGAAGCAACAUGGUCAUAAUUAAACAUGGGUGAUCAAGUUGAACUUGUAAAUAUUCUAGACACGGAAGACUUUCAGGGUGGGGUUAAUAUCAAAACUAACGUGUGGAAUCAGAAACUUGCUAAAAUUCACAAGGCUUUUGGGAAUAGAGAUAAAUUUAUUCUAGUCUUUAUAGUAGUGCAAGUGAUUUGUAUUUCUCUGACUAUUGUAUAUUUGAACACUAAUAUUGAAAAGAUUGCAAGACUAGAAACGCAGAUACAACAAUUGACUGUUAAUAGUUCGAAACUAACGAGUAGAGAUAGACUAGUUCAGUUAUCAAGUAACAGAGGAUUGGUGGCGUCAACUAAAGAUGAAACGGUCUACAGAGAUGAAGCUGGUUCUUAUCUUAAAACAGGUUCAUCGGGUAAAACAUGUAACCAUAAGGGAGAAAAAGGUGAGAGAGGUUAUAAUGGACUGAGAGGUUUGUCGGGCGACAAAGGUGAAAUAGGACACAAAGGUCCACUUGGAGAAAAGGGACCAACUGGAAAGAAAGGUCAAAAGGGAGAAAAGGGUCUAAAAGGUGAAACGGGACCUAUUGGAAAUAAAGGUCAAAUAGGCGAUAAAGGUCAAGAUGGAGACAAAGGUGUAGAUGGGACAAACGGCAUAGACGGAAACAAGGGAGAACAAGGAGCUAAAGGUCGAGAAGGAGAUAAGGGCGAACAGGGCUCAACAGGUAUAGUUGGUCUUACUGGAAAUAAAGGUUUGCCUGGUGAAAAGGGAUUGGCAGGGUCAAAAGGUCAUCGGGGAGAAACUGGACUCCCUGGUUUAAAAGGUAUACAUGGCGAGAAGGGAAUCAAUGGUGACAAGGGUGCAAUUGGAAACAAAGGUCGAAGCGGCGGUAAACAAGUUCAGGAAAAGUCAUGUGGUGAUGGAUGGGAACAGUUUAAGCAAAGUUGUUAUUUCAUUGAAAUCAGUCCAACGAAGACAUGGAAUGAGGCAAAAAUGGAUUGUCACAUUAAAGGAAGCAGACUUGUGAAAGUAGACAAUGCCUUUGAAAAUAGCUUUUUGAAAUCAUUUGCAAAAGUAAGAAAUGCACAUCAUGUUUGGAUUGGAGCACAUAUUCCAUUGAGACAAUCUCAUUUUGUUUGGGAAGCUGACAAUACAAAUGUUACUUUUACCGACUGGGCACCUCGACAACCUGAUAAUUAUCGAAAUGCCGAAGACUGUGUUCAUAUGGACUACGGCCUGUCAAACACAUGGAAUGAUAACAGCUGUUCAAAGAAAGUAGGAUACAUUUGUGAAAAACAAAAUAAAUGUAGAAGUCAUUGCAUUUUCAUUAAUUCUGAUUUUUUUUCUCAAAAAAUGGAUGAACAUGUAUAUGAUUUACCGAUGGAAGACCAGACUCGUGUGUAUAGUGUCUUAACUAAAUUGUUGAAUGACAAACAUGGUGAAAUUUGUAAAUCAAUUCGGAAAAGAGAUAAAUUAAUGAUAGUACUGAUAGUAAUGCAGUUGAUUUGUUUAUCAGUUACGGCUGCAUUCAUUGUCAUGCAUUUCAAUGGUAAAACAUUUAGUUGCCCGAAUGGAUGGGAACAUUUUAUAGGCAGUUGUUAUUACUUUCAAUUCUCAUCAGAAAAGACAUGGAGUGCAGCAAAGGAUGAUUGUCAUAGGAAAGGAGGAUUCCUUGUUAAAAUAGACAGUGCCGUUGAGAAUUGGUUCCUGAAAACAUUUAUUAAAACUUACAGUCCAUCAGCCGUUUGGAUUGGAGCUCAUGAUACUAAUGAAGAAUCCCAUUUCGUAUGGGAGUCCGACAUUUCAGGUCUUACCUAUACUGACUGGUAUCCUGACGAACCAAACGAUCAACACGGCGAGGAUUGUGUACAAAUGAGUAAAUCGUAUGACUACGCAUGGAAUGAUGAACAAUGUUCAUAUGCUAUAUCAUAUAUUUGUGAGAGACAGUAACAAUAACUAAAAGUGCAAUAAAUAUAUUUGACCAAACCCCUCACAAAGAAGAAUACUACAGGAUACUGAUAGAUGCAGAAGAAGUAGGCUGUGCCAGAAAACGUGUAAAGCAAAAACUAUAUGAAUCAAACCAGACAUUGUUUAUGUACUGAGAGGUAUAAGGUCUUACAUUUAAAUAAGCAUUCAAUAUCGUUACUGUACAUUGAGGACAUGUCUAACUCUUUGAAGAAGUCCGAGGUUUGAAAUUAUAUGUCUUCUGUCCACGGCAACAAUGUUGUAGCUCUAGUAGACAAUGCACCAAACAAUAUUGUUUUAUAUUAAGAAAUAAUAAAAGUCCAAGUCA